UAAAACGGUGACGCGAGCGAGUCAUUUGCCAAAGUGGGAAAAAUUACUCUGCGUAGGAAACAACUCUACACAGCUGUGCAGACACAAAAUUAACUAUAAGAGUGAAAGACUAGUUUUAACUCAAGAUCAAGUGCGGGGAAUUAAUUGAUUCACUUCAGAACUGUACCACGGACAAGGCGGAAAGAUUACUGAUCUAAACUUUUGAAUUCCACAAGGUACUUCACGGAAACCUUUUCCAUAAACGCGAAUUGCAGCGAGGAAACUGGCACGACUUCCCUCAAAAUAAGUUAUCCGAGUCGUGCAGGAUCGCUAAGAAUCUGCGUUGGAGAGAAGAAAAAGCAGCAGAUUCUCAAAAUUCUACACUCUCGGAUCGGAAGUGUAUUUUGGGUCCGUAAUAACUUCAAAGUGAGGUGAUACCUAGAGGUCUUCCGUGGAAUGUCAAAUAUCUAAUUGCGUGAGCAAGAAUCCUUCGCUUUUACAGACCAGUUUCAUCGUCAGGUCAACCAAGAUCCUUUGUUAUUUUAUUUUCGCGUCUUUCUCAUAGACAGGAGCGCGUCUGGGUCUUCAUAUUACAACUCAACGUCAAUAUUCCUAUUGCGAAGUGGCUGUAUGUGAAACUGUAAUCUUACAUAUUCAACAAUGGAAUUUGAGAAUCUUUGAGUUAGCCACGAAGGUGAUUUCAUCACUGAAGGGUCGGGUUCGAGCAAGAUUUUAUUUUUGGAUCUAUCCAGAUUAUACCAUUCCCUGUAGGCUUCAUUGUCUCGGGUUUGAUUAUUCAACGCUUCGCGAAUCUGCGAUCAUCAAGAAAACACUAAAAAACAUACACAAAUUUCGACGAACAUGUCGAUGCGGGAAGGAGAACAAACGCGGCGAACGACUUAUGUCGGGAACAGCCAGCAAAUGCUUCGGGACAUUAAGAAGAGUUUACAACAUUUAAAAAGGCAACCUGAACAACCUCAGAGGCUUUCACAACAAGCAGCGGCAACCCCGAGCUCGAACGCGGCGACAACGGUUGUACACGAGCAAACUACUCAAGCAAACGCUACAAGGAUUGUACACAACCCAAAUCGGCGAGGAAUGAGUCAUGCGAAAGCCUUAGCCGAAAUAAGGAGCAGUUUAAAACCCUUCGAGGCUACAGAAUCUGGUUAUUCUUCAUGUUCUGAGAAUGGAGAGGCCUUUAAUAAACAGUAUUUGAUGGGUCAACUCAAAGCGAUGGGUUUGGACGAGGAUAUGGCCACUGAAGCCAUAAAGAUGACUGCAAAUAGGACAGUGGAGGAUGCAUUGCAACUGAUUGAAACUUUGGCAUCAACCAGGGGCUAUAACAGAGUCAAUUUUGGUUCAAAUACACCCAACAGUCGGUCUCAACUUCCUCCCCCUUACAAUGCAGCAGUCAACCGUCCUUGGAAAGGUUCAGAAGAAGAAACAGCCAGAGCAGAAUCACCCAUGAUUGCUGUAGAAAGGGUACACAGUACAGUUUCCAUGCCAUGUGCACAGGCAAGUACAGGGAUGUCAACACCAGAGGCUACAAGGGCUGAAUGGUGUGUUCAAAGGUCAAAUAAUCCUGGCCAACUUGUCCAAAACUGGCGUGGUGCACGGGUAGCAGCUCCUCAGCAAAGAUUUGUUGAGCGAGCAGGCCCAAAAAUGCAGCUUGGUUGGAAACCUACCUCAGUUGUUGGAGCACGACCAAUGCAAGGAAUGAAUCAGGGUCAACCACAAUUUGUCAGUGGUGUUGGGGCUAAUGUACCUUCUCCACAAUUUCAUGUAACGGCUAACCUUACGUUAACUGGAAACAACUCUGCUCCCGAUGAGUAUCAAGGCCGGAUGGCUUCAACGGUUCCAAAUGUUACAGGAAAUGGUGCAAAUAAUAUGUCAUUCAACAUUUAUGUCCAAACCAAUUUUGCACAAAAUUCCUCUGAGAACAUUCAGUCAUCCACUCAAGGACAAUUUUACCAAACAACGCCCCAACAUAUUGCUCCAACAGUUGUUCAGGGUGCGCACAGUGAUGCAUUGAACUCCAACUCACCCAUACCAAGCACACAGCAGACUCCAGUGCCACACUUUGUUCAGUCAUUUGACCCAACUCUUCAUCCCCCACCUGCAUAUGCCCCAGUUGCAAGGAGGCAGAUGCCUUCUGAUGUAAGCAUGGGUGAGUCAAGCAACUGGCAGAACCAUGUACCACGUGUGUCAUCACGAUCGCCAGUACCACCUCCCUGUGAUCAGUGGAGACACUCUUGGAAUACGGAAACAUCAUCCAACUCUGGUUCGAUAAGUGAUGAAAUGCCAUGGUCUAGUUCUUAUAAUGACAGCGGACCUCCUUCUCCUCUGUCAGACUCAUCAUUCACUGUGGAGGGUCCAACAAAGGUUACCAAUGUAACUGGGACAGUUGUUUAUCGUCUUGAUUCACCCAAACGGCCUCCAAUUCCAAACAUGGAGACCUCAGUUCCUUGCAAUGAGGAUGAUGAUCAAAUGUCAGAGUCCGAUAUGGAGACUCUGACUCCCGGCCAGAGAUAUAGACAAUACAAAGAGAAAUCAAAACUAAAGACAGUUUCUCCCACUGCAACUAAAUUUUACUUGGAACAACACUUUGAAAACUUAAUGAAGAACACAAAGGAAAGGGAGAAGAGGCGUGUUCAGCUCGAAGAGGAGAUGGAUAAAGUUGGACUUUCUCAUGAUGCAAGAGAUCAAAUGCGAAAAAUCCUAAUGAAAAAAGAAACAAACUACACUCGUCUGAAGCGAUCAAAGAUGGAUAUCACUAUGUAUGAUAAGAUAAGUAAAAUUGGUACUGGUGCAUUUGGAGAAGUGUGGCUUGUAAGGAAAAUAGACACAAAUGUGUUGUAUGCCAUGAAAAUCCUGCGGAAGACUGAGGUUUAUAAGCGCAAUCAGAUGGCACAUGUCAAAGCUGAAAGAGACAUUCUUGCUGAGGCGGACAAUGAGUGGGUCGUAAAAUUGUACUAUUCAUUCCAAGAUGAAAAAUUCUUGUAUUUGGUGAUGGACUACAUACCAGGAGGAGAUUUAAUGAGCCUUUUGAUCAAAUUUGAAAUAUUUCCAGAGGAUCUAGCACGAUUCUACAUUGCAGAACUUGUACUGGCUAUUGAGUCAGUGCACAACAUGGGAUUUGUACACAGGGAUAUAAAACCUGACAAUGUGUUGAUUGAUCAUGAUGGUCAUAUUAAACUGACUGACUUUGGGCUUUGCACUGGCUUUCGUUGGACUCAUGACAGCAAGUAUUAUGAGGAAAAGGAUGGCCAUAAAAGACAGGAAAGCAUGGAGUAUGGCAUGCAGUACUGGGACCAAAUGGAAUAUUCUCCUGAUUUAAAUGAACAGCUUCUUCAGAAGUCACUUCAACAAAUGAAGCCAUUGGAGAGGCGGCAUUUUCGCAAGCACAAACGUAGUCUUGCGCAUUCUUUAGUGGGUACACCCAAUUACAUCGCACCAGAGGUAUUGCAGAGAAGUGGUUACACACAUCUUUGUGAUUGGUGGUCAGUGGGAGUAAUAAUGUAUGAGAUGCUUGUUGGACAACCUCCAUUCCUGGCUUCCACACCAGCAGAUACUCAACUGAAGGUCAUCAACUGGGAAACAACAUUGCACAUCCCCAAGCAAGCUGAACUCAGCCCUCAGGCUAAAGACUUGAUCCUGGGACUGUGUACAAGCCCAGAGAGGAGGCUUGGAAAGAAUGGAAUUGAAGAAAUCAAGAAUCAUCCAUUCUUUGCACAUGUUGACUGGAGUUAUGGUGUGCGUCGCAUGCAGGCUCCAUACCGCCCACGGAUUGCCUCUCCAACUGACACAUCAAACUUUGAUCCAGUUGAGGAAUCAGAGAGAAUGAGCAGUGAUGAAGGAGGAGCAGCCUCAGUUGCAAAUGAAACAGUGGCACCCCGUCAGGGCAAACAUCCUGAACACGCAUUUUAUGAAUUCACAUUCAGAAGGUUUUUCGAUGAUGGUGGUAAUACCUAUACUGCUGCAAGGAGAUACUCGUCAGAUGACAGUGGCACAGACACUUCUAAAGAACCAGUAUAUGUGUAACUAAAUGAUUAUUUCUUAUUUGGGUUUUUUGUUUCUUUUGAAACUUAAUUUGAGCUGUACAAUAAUUCAGUUCACAGGUACUUGUUGUGAGUGGUGUUUUUGUGGUUUCAUAGGGAGCAUGGUUAUUUUCUUGUGAAUCUAUCUUGGUCUGAUCACAAUGUUUUUUGAUAAGCAGGUGAAACAAUACCUUCUUCAAAAAGACAUGUUAUUUUGUUUUGUCUUUUUUUUAAGUCUUGGCUAGCAAUAAGAAUCCAUACUAUCUAUUAUACAAUUUUGAUACUACAAAAAAAUUUUCCUUUUUACGACUUAUCUAGGAAGAUUUAACUGACUGUGUGCACUAUCAUCAGAGUUCUUCAAUGAAACUAGUGACUCACAGUACUGAAGUUUAUCCAAAUUCUGUUAACCCUUUAACUCCCAAGAUCUGAUUGUUAAUUCUCUCCUCUAACUGCUACACAUUCUCCUGUAAAUUAAUUGCCUACAAGAAUUUAGUGUUAGAUCAAGAUAACUUUUACCUGAUAAGUUAGGGUAUUUUCAUCACCUGUUUGCUGGAUAAUGUAUGGAUAUUGUUGGGAGAAGUUACAGUUUAGUCACCUCUAAGAGUUAAAGGGUUUAGGACAGAAGUUAUCAACAGUACUAAGCAUUCUGAAACAUGCAGAAACUACAGUUUAUGAGGUUUUUACUAUGUCAAGCUCUUUUAUUCAUUCAGGCUGCUCUGCUAGAAUUUAUUUGAUAAGUCAGAUUAGUUAAAAGAAAGUUUUAUAAUGCAUUGCAGACCUAUCUUAAUCAAGAAAGAAAAACGACAAUAUACAAGAAUAUAACGUUCCCUUGCUGUUUUAGCAGGUCAUCAUGUAAGAAAAAUGUUCAGAAAGGAAGAUGUUCAUUGUCUCUGGCAUAAGUAUUUGACUUGUGUUACAAAUAAAUGUUAUUUCUCAAGGAGGAAGUCAAAGUUAUCAGAGUUUUAUUGCAGUACCUGUUAAAGAGUCUGUUUAGGUUUUAAUUUAUACCUCUGGAGUUUCUUAAAAAAUUUCCCAUGUACCUUGCAGCAAGAAAGAAAAGAAAGGGCAAAUAAAAUUUAUGAGAAAAGGAA